AUGGGAGGAAUUCACAAAGAUUUGGGUGACGCGACAAACAUUGGCGGGCGCGAUCUCGAAACGGAUGAGAAAAUGGGUUUGAAUGUGGAUACGAUAAUGGAUUACGGCCCACCCGGAGCGAACCCGGUAGUUGUUUUCCUCAGCAUUAUUUGUUUUGCUUCUGCUCAACUAAAAUUAGGGUUUUACAGUACCACGUGUCCGAAAGCUGAAUCGAUAAUCCAAGGAGUUGUGAAACAAAGAUUUAGUAAAGAUCGUUCCAUUACCGCAGCUUUGCUUCGAAUGCAUUUCCACGAUUGCUUCGUUCGGGGUUGUGAUGCAUCAAUACUCAUAGACUCCACAAGAACCACAUCCUCGGAAAAGGACGCGGGCCCGAACCUAACCGUCCGGGGCAACGACCUAAUCGACGCCGCCAAGAAAGCCGUAGAAGCCGUAUGCCCCUCCACCGUCUCAUGCGCCGACAUAAUCACAUUAGCCACCCGAGACUCGGUGGCUCUGGCCGGUGGGCCCAAGUACACCCUGUCCACCGGCCGACGUGACGGGCUCGUCUCCGACGCGAACGAGGUCGAUCUACCGGGACCCUCGCAGUCGGUCUCGGACGCCUUCGCCACUUUCAGGGCGAAAGGGAUGACCAUGAACGACAUGGUCACCCUACUGGGGGCCCACACAGUGGGCGUGGCCCACUGUGGGUUUUUCCAGGACAGGCUUUCCAAUUUCCAGGGAACUGGAAAGCCUGACCCCACCAUGGAACCCGCAUUGGCCGCUAGGCUUCUGAAGACUUGUGGGACCCAGUUUAGGCCGUUGAGCAGCGAUCCGAAGGUUUUCCUCGACCAGGGAACUUCGUUCGCGUUCGAUAAUCAAUUCUACAAUCAGACUUUGUUCAAGAGAGGGAUCAUGCAGAUUGAUCAGGAGCUGGCAUUGGAUAGGUUAAGCGCACCAAUCGUAUCGGGUUUCGCGAAGAACGGCGUUGCGUUUCAACAGAGCUUUGCGAAUGCUAUGAUCAAGAUGAGUAAGAUACAAGUUCUUGUGGGGAAAGCUGGAGAAAUUAGGAAGAAUUGCAGGGUUUUUAAUCCUAAGAAAAAAGCUUGAAGAAUUUAUGAUUGAUUGAUUAAUUAUAUUGAAUUGAUUAAGUGUGAAGUAUUUUUUAUUUAUUUUGAGUUUAUAUAUAACUUAAUUGUCUAUUUUGGCUUUCCUAAAUUUGAGUUGUUUGAGUUGAUGUAACCCAAAUUAUUGAUGAUAUGUAUAUCAUAAAAAUUGUGUUC